AUGGCGCUUAGGGAGGUCUUCUCUUCCUUCACUUACGAUGCCACUGCCGGCCAUGGCCGUAAUGGGCCUCACACCUCGCUCCAGAGCUUCUUGUUCGCUGCGCCCUUGGUCGUCGCUGUUCUCGGUCUGCUCUACGUGUGGGUUGGGCGCAACAGACUCAUCUCCGGCUUCCCCCUUGUGAGGGCAGACGAGACGUCCAAGUACAGUUUCGAGAAGGCGCAGGCGGAGUGGAACGUCGGUGCGCACAAGCUCAUCGAGAAAGGGAUCGAGCAGGUCAAAGGAGCCUUCCAGGUCGUCACAGCCAUCGGGCCUAGAAUCAUCCUGCCGAACAAGUUCGCGGACGAGAUCAGGAACGAUCCGCAUCUAAACUCCACGGAUGCUAUAAACCGAGAGUUCUUCGGAGACUAUCCCGGCUUCGAGGCCUUCGCCAUCUUGAAAGAGAGGGAUAUCUUCCAAGAGGCCAUCAGGAUCCGGCUCACCCAGUCUCUGAACUUUGUCACCGAGGACCUCGCAUCCGAAGCGCGCGCCGUCUGCACCGAAGCGAUUCCACAAAGCAAAGAAUGGCGCCCCACCCCCCUCAAGCCCCUGAUAAUGGACCUCGUCGCGCGCGUCUCGCAGCGCGUCUUCGUCGGCCCGCGCGCGUGCCGCGACGCCGAGUGGCUCGCCAUCACCAAGCGCUACACGGUCGACGCGUUCGGCGCCGCGCGCGAGCUGCGCGCGUGGUCGCCGCUGCUGCGGCCCUGGGCGCACCGGUUCCUGCCGUCGUGCCGGCGCGUGCGGGCGGACUUGGCGGCGGCGCGGCGGAUCGUGGGGCCGGUGGUGGAGGCGAGGAGGGAGGAGGUGAGGCUGGGGAGGGAGAGGGAGAGGGCGGAGGGGAAGAAGGCUGGUGGUGGGGGGGUGGAGAAGGUGGCGGAUGCGGUGGGGUGGUUGGAGGAGAGCGCGAGGGGGAGGCCGUUCGAUCAUGUGUGUGGGCAGUUGGCGUUUGCGGUGGCGGCGACGUUUACGACGACGGAGCUGACGAGCGUGUGCGUGUUGAAUCUGUGUGCGUAUCCGGAGUAUGUGGAGCCGUUGCGGCGGGAGAUCGUGGAGGUGAUGGGGGAGGGGCCGGAGGGGGAGGGAGGCGGGGGGGAGGCUCGGUGGAGGAAGGCGGCGUUGCAGAGGUUGAGGCUGAUGGACAGCUUCAUCAAGGAGUCGCAGAGGCUGCAGCAUGAGGUUAGAGCGACCAUGACCCGCCUCACCCGACAGGCCGUCACCCUCUCCGACGGCACCACGCUGCCCAAGAACGCGCUGAUCAUGGUCGGCACCGACAUGGCCAUGGACCCGGCCGUCUUCCCGGACCCGCACGCCUUCAACGGCCGGCGCUUCCUCGAGAUGCGCGAGCGGCCCGGCCAGCAGAACCGGUGGCAGCUGGCCACCACCAGCCCGGAGCACCUCGGCUUCGGCCACGGCGCCCACGCCUGCCCCGGCCGCUUCUUCGCCGCCAACGAGGUCAAGGUGUUGCUGGUCUUCCUGCUGAUGCGGCACGACUGGAAGCUGCCCGAGGGAGUGACCGAGAAGCCCGAGUUGAGGAGGUGGGCGCACGAGAAGUUUGUGGAUCUGGAGGAGCGGGUCAUGGUGAGGAGGCGCGACGAGGAGAUUGAGCUGUAA